UGGGUGCCAACAUGACACUAAGCAUUGGAGAACGACUUUAUAUUCUAUUUCACCAAGUUAUGUUUUUAUUGACUGGACUGAUGACUACUUUGGGUUGUCAAUGGUUAUUCUAUAAAGGUGCUGCUACUGGGGAUAGUUAUUUGACCCAAUUAUCACAAUAUCUUGGUAUGAUCUUGGUUGGAUUGCUUAUUCCUUCUCUAUUGAAAAGAAAAUCCCAAACUUACUCUAGACUGGCGACUCAUGAAGAAUCAAUCCGUAUGGAAUCACUAGAUGAUAAUGAUAGGAAUAAUGAAAAGGCAACAAUAUAUGUGGAAGGUGCUGUACCUCAUUCUUCACUUUUGAAGAUGGCAAUAUUAGAUGUCGUUGCGAAUUUUUGCGUUACUCUUGGGUUUAGUUUGAUUGGUAGUGGGAUGUAUCAAGUUAUCUAUUCUAGUGUAGUAAUAUGGUGCGCUAUUUUAACUUACUUUUUGAUGGAUCGAACACUGACCAAAGUACAAUGGUUUUCUAUCUUUGGUACAAGUGCUGGUUUGGCUAUUUGCUCACUUGGAAAUAUGAAUAGUUCAGACCUUGAUUCAAGCAAUGGCUUUCUUCUUAUGUUUGGUACACUGAUGACAUUGGGUGGAACCUUUUUCUAUUCGUGUAUUUAUGUGUAUUCGGAUUACAUGUUAUCAAAACAAGAUCCACCUCCUCUACCAGCGCGUAUUUGUUGUUACAUUGGGAUGUACUCAACAGUGAUAUCAUUGAUAUGGAUUUCUAUUUACACUUUGCCUCGUUAUGAUCAGCUGAUUCAUAUUGAUGAUAAUACAUCCAACCAAGUCGUUUGGGGAAUGUAUCUACUUGUGACCGUUGCUAACGGAACUCAUUCUUGGAAUUAUUAUGAAUUGAUUGAUCGAACUGGAAGUGUGGCAACUGGUAUUCUACAAGGACUUCGAGCAGUGAUUGUUUAUGGAUUGAGUCAUGCGUGGUAUUGCUCUAGUGAUUCUGCUCAAUGUUUCACUGUAUAUAAAGGGUUUGGGUCCCUUAUGGUCAUAUUAUGUGUUUUACUUUUCACUAUUGGUGGCAAUGGAUUAUCCAAGUGAUGGACAUCUUUUUUUAGUCUAGUUAGUAUAGAUCUAUUUUUAUACCCUCCGCUUCAUUUUUUUUUUUAUCAUCAUCAUCAUCUACCCUUUUUUUAUCUGAAAAUAAAAAAGAAUCAUUGCUAUAAAAGAAAAA